AUGGCAGGAGACCCGUCAUCAAACGGCACAGCCGUCCAGCGCGUAGACUGGUCGGCCCUCCGAGCCUACAUUGCCGGCAAGGAAGCUUUCGAGGCAGAACACGGCCGCCCCGCCCCGCUCACGGAUCACGAGGUCUCGGCCAUCGCCAUCCUCCUCCGUCCGGCCCCGCGACCGGAACCGGACUUGGGUAAAACGAACUGGCUCGGCCUGUUGAAUCAUUUUCAACAGGUCAGAAACCAAAAAGUAACCUUCACCGACGAAGCCCGCCAGGAACAGGGCCUAGGCAAGGCCAAAGAGCUCCGCUGGGCCUGCUCAGCAACGUUUGACAGCACCGGCGACGUCUUCCCCCAGCCGGGCUACGGCAUGGACGCCGGCGAAGACGUCUCCCGCGGCGGCGCCGGCCCGUCCUUUCCGGGCAAGAAGGACGCGAAGCAGUGGGCGGCCAAAGCAGCGUGCGAGUGGCUCAUUGACAACGGGCACAUGAUGCCCUCGGGUGACCUGCCAAAGUUUCCCAAGCCGUUUGCCCCGGCUGCUAGUGCUGCCCUCGCUGCCGCCGCUGCUGCUUCCGCUCCAGCUCCAGCUCCAGCUCCAGCUCCAGCUCCAGCUCCAGCUCCAGCUCCUUCUCCCUCUCCUAGUCGUGGCGUCUCGUCCGGGUCAGUCCUACCCUCCAAGAGAUCCCCGCCGAGCUCGCCGCCAACAGAAAGCAGUGCCGACGCGUCAAGGAAGAAGCAGGACACAAACCAACCUCCAAAGACAUCUCCAUCGCUACCAGCUCAGGCAACCAGCACCACCGCAAGCAACAGCACUAGCAGCAGUCUUCCCGGUCACCAAGCAUCACCUCCCACAUCCACUCAACCCUCCAGAGCGCCGAAAUCAACUCUCCCCCUCAACGUGACAGCAUCACCAACCUCCGCUGCCGCCCAAGACUCGACGACUACAUCCACGGCGAGUACACCCUCUCUCGGCGGCGCCGGCGUCCUCAUCACCACCCCCGCCGCCGCCACGGCGCAGUCCCAGGUCUCCACGCCUGCCAUCUCUCCCGUGCCAACCUCAACACCAGCACGGGUAUCAACACCUGCAACGCCAGAGCAAGAGUCGGCAACAGCAACGACAUCAGCAGAGAAGCGCGUCCGCGACCUCUGCGCGCAGCUCCACUUCCCCGUGCCGCGGUACGUCUUGACGCCGGACCCAGCGCUCGAGGACUUCUGGGACGGCCGCGCCGACUUUGACGGCAACCCGCGGAUCCCGGACGACCUGGGUACCGUCCGGCGGGUGUUGCAUAAGAAGGCUGCGAGGGAGAGGAUGGCGGAUGCGAUUGUGAUUUGGUUGGAGGGGGAGGUCGUGAAGAGGGAGAGGACGGCUAAGCUUCUGCUAGGGAAGUGA